ACCUUCAUUCAUCUAAAGGAAUUUUUUUAUCACAGAAAAAUAAAAGAAGCUCAGAGAAGGGAACAAAUGGAGCAGAUAAAAAGUCUCGGUAUCAAUGUCUCCUACUCGAACCAGUCUCAAAAUGGCAAAACUUGCUUCCUCGCAUUAACCUCUACUUCAUAUCCAACCAAAUCUAACCAUUCCCGAGUUCCCAGAAAGAAAAAGAGACCCGUUGCUCUCUUCCCCGAGACUUCAAGGCCUGGCUCAACUUCUUAUGACUUCGCUUGUUGUGCCUGUAUUAGGGUUUCAUUUUACUUCUUUUCUAUGAGACUACCAAAAAAAUUUGCUCUUAUUGCCACAACAAGUUGUCUUGUUUGGAGGUCAGCUGCAUAGUUACGUAAAGGAAGUUAUGUAAAAGUGAAGAAGUAGUGGAAGUGUUUUGUUUUUCAUUCUUUUUUCUGCGGUUGGUUUUCCAUAGAAAGGAAGAAAACAAGAAGAACUUUAUCUUUUAUUUGAUAUUUUGGUUAAUUUUGUGUUAAAAAUGGGAAAGUAAAGUCAACCCAACAAAGUGCUUAACUAUCUCUUGGUUUGUUUUUUUCCGCUAAAUGUGUGUGUGUGUGUGUUGCUCAUUCUGUGAAGCUAGGUUGAUUUCACCGGUCCGUUAAUGAGUUUUUUGAGUAUUUGCAGCAUUAAUUUAGUCUAUUUUUCAAGUACCAAUAGAGACACAUUUGCAUGAUUGAAGCUUUAGUAUAGGAAAUUUAAAAUUCAACAUUCACGUUGAAGUGUGUCUUAGUGUUUUCUAUAGCUUCUUAAUUUGUUUAGUGCAUGAACUCAUUUGAAAUUUAGAGUAUGAGACUCAAUUUUUUCAAAAAAAUUUCUGUUCUUUUGCUGCCAAACACAGUAACUCCACCAUUGGAAUUCUCCAUUAGCUUUUUUUUGUUUUUCUUUAUUUUUGUUCCAAAUACAAAGUUACAAAUUGAAUAAAAAACCAGUUCCUCUCUGUGUCUGUGAUACUUUGUGAUGUGACAACAGAAACUUAGGCCUCUAAUGCCACAUAGCAAAAAUCCUACUAAUCAUACACGUAAACAAUGGAGAUAUUUUUUGGUUUUGUCUAUUGCAUGCCUCUCUACUGGUCCAAUGGCAUAACAUGAGUUUUUGCCUGUUAUUUUUGCUUACAAUUGCUUCUCUGCGUUUAAUUCUCAGGUCUUCUGAGUUGCUGCUGUUGGAUUCUGUUGACUUAUUGCUCAUACUUCUGAUUUUGAGAUUCAGCUAGUUCAUCAUAAUAUUUUGCAGCAUAAAUGGAAGGUUUUAAUGGUGUCAAUUUCACUGUGAGGAAGAAGAGGAGUAGUGUAUCUCGUCGGCCUUGUUCUGAUUCACAGAAAUUUUCACAGACUCAUACUCUUUUGCCACAGUUCACACAAUCUCUAGGCAGUGCUUAUAAUGAAGAGGAGAGUGAAGCAAAAGUUGGUUCUGAUGGUUUGAGAAGUGAGAACAAGCUGAAGAAGCUUAAACUAAAGCUUGGUGGUGUUACUCACACAAUACACACCAAGUAUGCAUCAGAAUCUUCUCCAUGUUUUGAUAUCUCUCAGCCACAAGAAAAAUUUCUCUUUCAGGAUUCUUCUUUCAGAAAGGAUUAUUCUAGUGGAAAGAUGCAUGCUGAAAGUCUUUAUGAACAUGAGUCAGUUCGUAAGAGUAAACGCAUUCCUAAGAGACGUGUAAUAGAUAUGGGAUUUGAUGGAGAUGAUGAUGAUGCAGAUGAGGAAAUCCGUUACCUUGGGAGAAUUAGUGCUUCCAAAGUUUCUUCAGAUGGCAUUCAAAUGGAGGAUAAAAUCUAUGUUGAUAUGAAAGAUUACUAUCUAUCGAACUCAAACAAAGAUGGAAUAGCCAAGUUAAGAUCGGAAAAAUUAUAUGAGGAUAGAGACUAUAUGGAAGAUGAAAAACCUAUGUCAGAUGAUGAGCCUGGAUAUAAAAGCAAGACACUAGGAUUUGUUGAAGGAAGGAAUAAAAAAGGUCCCAACCUGAUUGAGUUCCCAAAUGGUUUGCCUCCUGCCCCACCUAAAAAACAAAAGGCGAAACUCUCUGAAGUGGAGAUGCAACUGAAGAAAGCUGAAGCUGCACAGAGGCGCAGAAUCCAAUCAGAGAAGGCAGCCAGGGAGGCUGAGGCUGAGGCAAUCAGAAAGAUACUUGGUCAAGAUUCUGGAAGAAAGAAAAAAGAAGAAAAGAUGAAGAAACUGCAUGAUGAAUUGGCUCAGGGAAGGGCUGCCAAAUCAAGUACACUGGGAUCAAAUACCAUAAGAUGGGUUCUUGGUCCUACUGGAACUGUUGUUAUUUUUUCUGAUGAUCUUGGUCUGCCGAAAAUCUUCAACUCGGUGCCAUGCAGUUAUCCUCCACCUCGUGAAAAGUGUGCUGGUCCAAAUUGUACAAAUGCUUACAAAUAUCGUGAUUCCAAAUCGAACCUUCCACUCUGCAGUCUCCAUUGCUACAAGGCAAUACAUGGAAAGAUGCAAGCUCUAAUUACCUGCUGAUAUAGUCGCUCUGCUGUUUUCCUGUGUUAUAAUGCAGAAAUCGUCGGUGCUCUACUUUAUAACCUUACCUAGUAGGAUAUUAAAAUUUUUUAUAUUAUUAUUAUUAUUAUAUGAUAUUAUUUUAUAAAAUAACAUUUCUUUUCAUAUAAAUUUA